AUGACGACGUGCCGUCUGCUGUGCGCCCUGUUGGUGCUUGCCCUGUGCUGCUGCCCGUCCGUGUGCGCGGGAGACACUCAGGAGGCCACUGAAGGUCAAGCUGAUAUAAAAGACCCCAAUUUGUCGUCUGUUUCACCUGAAUCUAUGGCUGCUGCACCUAAUGUGGGUAUCACCGGUCCAGCGGCCCCUGCAUCAGAGGAUAAACUGGGGAAAGGUAAUUCAGAGUUUCCAGGUUUGGGGUCCUCUGCGGAAUCGGGAAAAAGUGCAGUAGAGGGAGGUUCCACCGUUACGGAACCGCAGUCAAAUAAGGCGCCCAAUACGAUACAGACAGAAGUUAAUAAUGGCACUACAGGACCAGGAAGUGGCACAAGUUCCUCCGCUGACCAAACAGAUAAUAACGCCAAAGAUGUUCCCGCAAGAACCACGACGAAAACAAAACCACCGACUACGACAACGACCACCACAACAAAGGCACCAACCACGACCUCGACCACUACAACACAUGCACCAAGUACUACAACUACAGAGGCGCCAGCUGUGUCGACCACCCGCGCACCGUCACGUCUUCGCGAAAUCGACGGCAGCCUCAGCAGCUCUGCGUGGGUGUGUGCCCCGCUGCUGCUCGCCGCAUCCACGCUGGCGUACACCACUCUGGGCUGA